AUGAAACUCAUCCAGGCGCAAGAGCAGAUGAGAGCUCCACCACAAGCAAGGAGCAGACAUCUCCCCGCCACUCCAAAUCAAGAACUGCCCAUAACCACUCCACACAUGAUAAAUAAUCCCCAACCAGUAGCCAUCAGAACGCCAAAAGCUCCCCAACCAAAAUCGCUUCUCCCACUGCCACAAACUGGCGCCAAUGUAAAUCAAGCAGAAAGUCAGCAACAACAACUGCAACAUAUGCGUCAGGGCCCCAAAACUAUGGCACAAGCCGUUCAAGCGCCCAGACCCAAACCACAAAUAAAUCCACGACCAGAGAAUGUAAAACCGCAGGAAAAACCAGCCCACUCUCCACCACUGCCACCCCAAAUCCCAAAUACCAGCACCCCUGCAGAGAAAGAGACAACAAGGAUAGCAGCAGAAGAAAAAGAUACACAAAGACCAGAGGAAGAAAGAAAAGCAUCAGCUCCUACAACAGCAGAGUCCUCCACCACCCCAAGUCCCGCUGACGCAGCACCAAGCGGAGUGGAACCAUCCACAACACCGCUGCCAGGCACACAUUCUACCCAGACGACAAUGGCCACCCCAGGAUCUGCACCACAGCAACAAACCCCCACAGAACAACCCAUGCAGUUUCUCCAACAAAUAUGGAUGGAACAUCAUCAAAUCAAUGUUAAGCAACAACCUUACUAG